CCGACUGCAGGCAGAGCGCAGCUACUCCUCUUCCUCUUCCCUGCUCCUGGAGAGAGAGAGGCUGUGUUUCUGUGAUUUCGUUGUGACUCAUAAAACACAACCUCCUUGUUUUAUUCCAUGAGAAUCAACUACUUAAAGGAUUUUUAUUAUUUUUUGGAGAAAAGUCCGAAGACGUGAUUAGAAAAGCAACAAAAAGAGCAGACGCGGCUGCAGCCUCCAGCAUCCUCCCAUCAUCUCUCCCACAGAGUCUCCUCGGCGAUUAUUCACCUACAGCUCCUUUUAUUUCCCCUUUGGAGAAUUCGUCUCUCGUUCUUGUUGGAGUUGGAGUGGUUUUUCUGAGCUGCUGGAAAGUGGACCUCCACAGCCCGGAGGAGCUGGCUGGGCGGUGCAGCUUCCCCGGCGCGGGCGGAUCUUCUGGUGCGCCUCAGAAGGACUGGAAAUUAUUAAAGCCUGUCGGAUCGUCGUGCCGCAUGGUGGGAAUCUCAACCUCUUUUCAGUAUCGCACUGGGAAGCGCUCCACCAUGCCCGACUCACCUGCGGAUGUCAAGUCACAGUCCAGGUUGACGCCCCCUACCAUGCCACCCCCACCCAGUACGCAAGGGCCACCCCGAAACAGCUCCUACACACCCACUACACUAACCAAUGGCAGUAGUCACUCCCCAACAGCCCUCAAUGGAGCCCCAUCGCCUCCAAAUGGCUACAGCAAUGGUCCCAGUUCGUCCUCAUCCUCUUCUCUGGCCAACCAGCAGCUUCCACCAGCCUGCGGUGCCCGACAGCUCAGCAAGCUCAAGCGUUUCCUCACAACCUUACAGCAGUUUGGGAACGACAUCUCACCUGAAAUUGGCGAACGAGUCCGCACAUUAGUGCUGGGGCUUGUGAAUUCCACGCUAACCAUCGAGGAAUUUCACUCCAAGCUCCAAGAAGCCACCAACUUCCCUCUGCGGCCUUUUGUCGUACCUUUUCUGAAGGCCAACCUGCCGCUCCUUCAGAGGGAGCUACUGCACUGCGCCAGGCUAGCCAAGCAGAACCCAGCUCAGUACCUGGCUCAACACGAACAGCUACUCCUGGACACCAGCACCACGUCCCCGGUGGACUCCUCAGAACUCCUGCUGGACGUCAACGAGAACGGCAAAAGAAGAACGCCGGACAGGACCAAAGAGAACGGCUUUGAGCGGGAAGGCCCAAUGCACCCAGAUGCCCACCCCAGCAAACGACCUUGCACCAUUAGCCCCGCCCAGCGUUUUAGUCCAUCCAAUGGGCUCUCCUACCAACCCAAUGGCUUGCCCCAUCCAGGUCCAAUUCCCCCACAGCACUACAGGCUAGACGACAUGGCCAUCGCCCAUCAUUACCGCGACACGUAUAGACACCCCACCUCCAACCAUCGAGAGAUCCGAGAGCGAGCCAGGCCCAUUGGAAUGCAUUCGGGGACGAGGCAGGAGGAAGUGAUUGACCACAGGCUGACCGACAGAGAGUGGGCUGAGGAGUGGAAGCACCUUGACCAUGUAAGAAAACUGCUGAACUGUAUAAUGGACAUGGUGGAGAAAACGAGGCGCUCGCUGACGGUGCUGCGGAGGUGUCAGGAGGCCGAUCGCGAGGAACUCAACUACUGGAUUAGACGAUACAGCGACGCUGAAGAGCUGAAGAAGGGUGCUGCUAGUGGGCAGUCCAGGCAGCAAAGCCCCGCGGCUCAGGAAAACCCCACAACAGAAAUUCACAGAGAGCUGCUUCAUCGACCUGUCUCUGGCUACGUCCCCGAAGAGAUCUGGAAGAAAGCUGAAGAGGCGGUGAAUGAAGUGAAGCGGCAGGCCAUGUCUGAGCUACAGAAAGCUGUGUCUGAGGCCGAGCGUAAGGCUCAUGACAUGAUCAGCAGUGAGCGGGCCAAGAUGGAGCGCACGGUAGCCGAGGCCAAGCGUCAGGCAGCUGAAGAUGCACUGUCCAUCAUCAACCAACAGGAAGACUCCAGCGAGAGCUGCUGGAACUGCGGUCGUAAGGCCAGUGAGACGUGUAGUGGCUGCAACACGGCACGCUACUGCGGCUCCUUCUGCCAACAUAAGGACUGGGAGAAGCACCACCACGUCUGCGGUCAGACCCUGCAGGCUCAGCAGCAGCAGCAGCAGCAGCAGUCCAGCCAGCAGCAAGGAGGCGUUCCAGGGUCAGAGACUCCUGCUCCCAUCAGCUCCUCCGCCUGCACCCCGAGCAGUGGGACCGGGAGUCCGGCUGCAACCCCACCAGCUGCUACUCCGAGGUCCUCCACACCCAGCACCCCGUCCUCUUCCGCCCUUGACAGCACACCCCGCUAAGACAGAAGCGAGAGCUCACCAAGCGUAACAACCAGCCCUCAAACCCACAAACAGCAUGACUGUUUACGAUCUUACAUUGCCUUGCAAAGAUUCUAAGAUGGCACGGCUAACAGGCAGAGACGGCGACGCUUCUGUCUAACGUGCAGCGCAGUCCGAGGAGGAUAACGAGGUCCAUAAUCAGGUCAUAUUGACUUGUCACGACUUUAAGGAAACACAAAGAUAUUCUUUGUUCUGAAUGAAUGAGUUGAAAUAUUGACAUCCUUUUAUUGUUACACUUUCUCUCUUCUUGUUGUAUGUUUGUCGUCGUGCCUGUCGUUGGUAAUCUUGUUGUCAUCGCAGCUUAUUUUUCUUUCUGUAAAUAUCAAAAAAGAAUCUGAGAUAUCCCUGAACCCAAGGCGAUUAUGUGCCCUCCCUUGUUAAAUGGUUUUAUUUUUCAUCUUUAAAUUAAGAUUAAUUUGCCGUCUGUAGGCAGGACAUAAGACUAGCCCAUUUCAUUUUCCUUCACAACAAACCAAGGUGAAGUUACUAGCUCGCAGAACGACGGACGUGAUCUAUUCUCAUCGCAGAUUUAAGGCCGAUGAAUAAACAAGUUUCCUUCUUUCUGGGGGGGGAGGAGGAUGAGCUGAACCUCUGGCCCGCAGACCGCUAUGAAAUGGGCAGAUGUGCAGCAGAUUGCAAGUGGAGCCAGCUGUUCAACCGAUGUUAUUUCCCCCUCGCUUGUCAUAACAUGCAGGUCAGUGGGCUGUGAAAUACAAAUCCAACCCUCCAAAA